AACCCUAGCCUAACUUAGAUCAGUUUCUAUUCUCUCACACUCAGAUUCUCUCUCUUGCCAUCGAAGACUCAAAAGCCGUGGCCUGUGACUCUAGGCUCUUAGAUCUUCCGCGCCGUGACUCAUGAUGUGCUUGAUUAUAAGUUUGAUUUUGGGACACUCCUGAUUUGUUCUCUGCGCUCCGUUCUGAACAAACCCUAAAAUCCCACCGCUCCUCCUCCUUACGAGUGCCCGCCCACGAAUACUGCAUGGAGGAAUCCACGAUGCCAGGGCGAUGUCUGACUCGGUCACCGUUAGACGAAUCGUCUCACUGCCCUCCUACAAUUGAUUCUUCUCCUUACGACAUCGUUUUUCGCAUGCCUAUAGGGAAUGAAGGGAGGAAGAUUUCGAGAUGGUAUGCAAUUAAAGUUCUCGCCGACUGUCCUCUGCAGGUCGAUAGUGAAGAGAUCUUUCCAUUUUGGGAAGGUGAACUACCAGACGCCUCUAGCUUUGCAGCCAUAGCCCCCCAUUUGUAUUGUAUCGGUGGCAGGCGUUACUUGGAUCCUGAUUCUCGUGAAACUGAUGCUUAUAAAUUGGACGUUACCCGUCCAUCGAAGGAGUGGAUUCCUGUUAUGUCAAUGAAUUCUCCCAGAUUCCUUUGUAACAUCUUGGUAGCAGACGGGAAGUUGCAUGUGUUGGCCGGUGAUUCUAGUAUUUAUUCUUGUUCAAACGGCCUGGAACUUGAGGUUUUUGACCCGUUGACUCAAAAAUGGGAAGAAGUGCCUGAUGAUCCUCCAGUUCCUCUGCAAUCUCAAUUUAUUUCUGCAGUUCUUGAGGAUCCAACCAGGAUUGUCGUUGCCACACAAACAGGACCAUGUAAUCGUAUUUCGGAUACUAUUCCAAGUACUUUCUAUGCAUAUGACGUGCGGUGUCGUUCCUGGGAGAAGUUUGCUGAGCGCGAGCUAGAUACUAGAUGUCCUCUGGGACAUCUAGGAAUUACUGUAACUGCAGGCAAUGCACUGUACUGGUUGACAGAACCCACAGAGUUGCUUUCCUACAACAUAUCCCAGGACCUGUGGCUCGAAGGGAAUCUGAAAGGUCUGGGGAUAUCAUUUCUUGAUGGAUAUGAUGAUCCGCCUUUUCCUGGUUUCGGCCAUCUGGAGAACCAAAAGUUCUACCUUUUGCAGUGUGUAUCUAUUCACGAAAUUGAGUGUGUCACAGUUCAUGUUGAGCCCACGCAGAAGGAGUUGGUUAUAUCGGUAGUUGCUAUUCGGAAAUAUGUGACGAAUCUCCCCAGCCUAGUAUCGGAUUGCCUUUCACUAGGUAAGCAUGAAGUACAAAUUAGCGAAGAAGCCAGUCAAGAAUCAAAAAACAAAAGAAUGAAGUACAAUGAGGAAAGAGAAGACUUUGAUGAUUCCAUCAUGCAUGAUUGAGUUGGGACAACUUCUGGAUAGGGGUAAGCAUGAAGUACAAAUUAGCGAAGAAGCCAUGCAAGAAUCAAAAAAAUAAAAAAAUGAAGCACCAAGAGGAAAGAGAAUUAUAAUUGUAGGUUGCUUUCUUAAUUGACUAUAUUCUAGGUUAGGUAUUCUCUAUUCCAUGUUCUUAUGCAAGCGCUUUAUUAGAAGAUCAUGACAUUGUCCAAUGCUCCUACGUAAAUAUGUUUUCAUUUUUGUUGCAUCAAAAGGCUUGUUGAGGCUGGCGAUAUUUCAAAAAAUAUGUUUUCAUUUUUGUUGAGGCUGGUGAUACAGAAAAUUAUUGUUGUUGCGUCAAAAGGCUUGCAAGUUGAAGUAGAGGUCGAUUCACAUGGAA